UGACGUGGCAACCGCUGCCGCCAUAUUGUUUUACUUCGUUGUCAGCGCGAGGAGAGGAGCGGCGGGUUCGCAGCAGCGUCUGCCAACCCCCACAGCUUUCCUGUGACCUUGUGACCCUUGCUUCGACAUGGCCACCUUCGCCGAGUACAUCGCUCAGAACGAGGAGCGUGACGGCGUCCGCUUCAGCUGGAACGUCUGGCCUUCCAGCCGUCUGGAGGCGACCCGCAUGGUGGUGCCGGUGGCCGCUCUGUUCACACCACUGCGGGAGAGAAGCGACCUGCCCCCAAUCCAGUACGAACCCGUCCUGUGCAGCCGUGCCACCUGCCGUGCGGUCCUCAACCCACUCUGCCAAGUGGACUACAGAGCCAAGCUGUGGGCCUGUAACUUCUGCUACCAGAGGAACCAGUUUCCUCCAUCCUACGCCGGCAUCUCAGAGGUGAACCAGCCCGCUGAGCUGCUGCCUCACUUCUCCACCAUCGAGUAUGUUGUGCAGCGGGGCCCUCAGAUGCCGCUUGUCUUCCUGUACGUGGUGGACACCUGCAUGGAGGACGAGGACUUGCAGGCUCUGAAAGAGUCUCUGCAGAUGUCCCUGUCUCUGCUGCCCCCCACCGCUCUGGUGGGACUCAUCACCUUUGGACGCAUGGUUCAGGUCCACGAGCUGGGCUGUGAGGGGAUCUCCAAGAGUUACGUCUUCAGAGGCACAAAGGACCUGAACGCCAAGCAGCUGCAGGACAUGCUCGGUCUAACAAAGCCCUCUGCAGCUCAGGGUCGAGGGCCUCAAACCUCCCAGCAGCCUCUGUCCAACAGGUUCUUGCAGCCAGUGCAGAAAAUUGACAUGAACCUGACUGACCUGUUGGGGGAGCUGCAGCGCGACCCCUGGCCUGUCACUCAGGGGAAGAGGCCGCUGCGCUCGCUGGGUGUCGCCAUGUCUAUUGCUGUGGGGCUUCUGGAGUGCACCUUCCCUAACACCGGCGCCCGGAUCAUGACGUUCAUCGGGGGCCCUGGUACGCAGGGACCAGGGAUGGUGGUCGGGGACGAGCUGAAGACCCCCAUCAGGUCCUGGCAUGACAUCGAGAAGGACAAUGCCAAGUUCAUGAAGAAAGCUACCAAGCAUUUCGAGGCUCUCGCUAACAGAGCUUCCACUAAUGGCCACAUCAUCGACAUUUACGCCUGCGCUCUCGAUCAGACGGGUUUGCUGGAGAUGAAAUGCUGCCCCAACUACACAGGAGGAUACAUGGUGAUGGCCGACUCCUUCAACACGUCUCUGUUCAAACAAACCUUCCAGAGGGUUUUCACCAAAGACGUCCAGGGAUCGUUCAAGAUGGCCUUUUCUGCCACACUUGAGGUCAAGACAUCCAGAGAGAUCAAAGUGUGUGGCGCGAUCGGCCCCUGCGUGUCUCUGAGCGCAAAAGGACCCUGUGUGUCUGAAAACGAGAUUGGGACGGGAGGAACCUGCCAGUGGAAGAUCUGCGGUCUUGAUGCCAGCACAACGCUGGCUCUUUACUUUGAGGUCGUGAACCAGCAUAAUGCUCCGAUCCCUCAAGGUGGCAGGGGAGCCAUACAGUUCGUCACGCAGUACCAGCACUCCUCAGGGCAAAGACGCAUCCGAGUCACCACAACUGCAAGAAACUGGGCUGAUGCUCAGACUCAGAUCCAGAGCAUAGCGGCAUCGUUCGACCAGGAGGCGGCAGCCAUCUUGAUGGCCAGGUUGGCGGUUUACCGGGCAGAAACGGAGGAAGGACCUGAUGUGCUUCGAUGGUUGGAUAGACAGCUGAUCAGACUGUGCCAGAAGUUUGGUGACUAUCACAAGGACGAUCCCAACUCCUUUAGAUUUUCGGAGACGUUCUCCCUCUACCCUCAGUUCAUGUUCCAUCUGCGGCGCUCCCCGUUCCUGCAGGUGUUCAACAACAGUCCUGAUGAGAGUUCCUAUUACCGACACCAUUUCAACAGGCAGGACCUGACCCAGGCCCUCAUCAUGAUCCAGCCUGUGCUGUAUGCCUACUCCUUCAACGGCCCACCUGAGCCAGUGCUCUUGGACAGCAGCAGCAUCCUGCCGGACCGAAUUCUGCUGAUGGACACCUUCUUCCAGAUCGUUAUCUACCAUGGAGAGACUGUGUCUCAGUGGAGGAAAGCUGGCUACCAGGACAUGCCUGAGUAUGAAAACUUUAAGCACCUCCUCCAGGCUCCGGCGGACGAUGCUCAAGAGCUGCUGCACACUCGCUUCCCCAUGCCAAGAUACAUCGACACGGAGCAUGGCGGCAGCCAGGCUCGUUUCCUGCUCUCCAAGGUCAACCCUUCUCAAACUCACAACAACAUGUACGCUUGGGGCCAGGAGUCCGGGGCUCCCAUCCUUACAGACGACGUCAGCCUGCAGGUGUUCAUGGACCACCUGAAGAAGCUGGCCGUCUCCAGCGCUGCCUGACCCCGCCUGACCCCGCCUGACCCCGCCUCGUGCAUGCGUUCGCUGCCUGAACCGAGCAACAAGCACUCCGUUUCUGUCAGUGUUACUUUCAGCAGCAGGUCCAGGAUAUUUCCACUUGUUAGUUUGUUUUCAUUUUGCCGCUCCUGCKCCAGUCAGUAAAAAUUCUCAUCUAAUCUAAACCCAGGCAGGUCAGGACCGCGCCUGCAGAGCAGUAAGCAGCUCUGGUGACUUUCUGUGUGUCAACUUUGCUUCAUCUGAAUGUUCCAAACAUUUUAAGUUAGACUCUUAAAGAGUCUGCCAGCGUGACAUCCAACAAAAACUCCAACUGUAACCUGUGAGCAGCAUAGAAACCAGCUUGGAGUCUUUCAGUGAAUGUAUUGCUGGUUUAUAUUUCCAUAUUUGACUAAUUUCACAAACUUUCAAGCAGCUGCUUUAUAGUAAACAUACAGCCGCCAUUUUUCCCCUUAUUGUUUUGGUUUUACAGUGUUUGUUUAUAUUUAUGUGAACUAGUUUAUGGUCUUCUCCUCAACUUUAAAAACCCAUUUUCAAUUCAGACACUAAGAGUUUUGCCCAGGCAAGUGAAUGCAUGUAUUCCUGUCAUUCUGUGUGUUUCAUGUUUGCAGUAAAGCUGUGCUGUGGAGAGCCACUGA